GGAAACGCGCCGAGUGACACAAUCGCUCCCGAUUUCACUAUCCGCUAUUUGUCGCAAGACUUUCGUCUGUCCACCGGCAAAUUAGUUCAAGGAGGGUGCACACUCCGGACGGUUGCCAGCCGAUGCCGAGUGGCCACGGAGUGCAAGGAUGUCGACGAUGGAGCUGGCUUUGGAACGCAGUGGAUUGACUGCACUGGCAAUGCCGACAUUAGUUCUGAUGACUCUGCUAGUAGUGGCCAGCGGUUUGUUUCAUGUGUGGAUGCAAACGCGGCGAUACGUGAAGCUCGGAAAUUUGAUUCCCGGUCCAAGAGCAUAUCCAUUGAUCGGAAAUGCUAACAUGAUGCUGGGCAAAAAUCAUGACGAAAUUAUGAGAAAGGCUAUCGAGUUGAGCUAUUUUUAUGGUCACAUUAGCCGUGGUUGGAUAGGAUAUCAUUUGGUUGUGUUUCUGACGGAUCCGGCGGAUAUUGAGAUAAUUUUGAACAGUUAUGUGCAUUUAAACAAAGCAAGCGAGUAUCGAUUCUUCAAGCCUUGGCUCGGAGAUGGACUAUUGAUUAGCAGUGGCGAUAAAUGGAAGUCACAUCGAAAGCUAAUCGCACCAGCCUUCCACAUGAAUGUGUUGAAGACCUUCGUUGACAUAUUCAACGAUAACAGCUUGGCGGUGGUGGAUCGGAUGCGUAAAGAAGUCGGCAAAGUGUUCGAUGUACACGACUAUAUGAGUGAAGUGACGGUCGACAUUCUACUGGAAACGGCCAUGGGAUCGAACAGAACGGGAGAAAAUAAAGAAGGGUUUGAAUAUGCAAUGGCAGUGAUGAAAAUGUGUGAUAUUCUGCAUCUACGUCAACUGCGUAUCCAUCUGAGAUUGGAUCCAAUAUUCAAUAUGACCAAAAUCAAACGCGAACAGGACCGCCUAUUGGGUAUUAUCCAUAGCUUGACACGGAAAGUUGUCAAACAUAAAAAGGAGCUUUUCGAAAAGAAUUAUGCUGAAGGCAAAUUGCCGUCUCCAUCGUUGUCUGAAAUUAUUAGCAAACAAGAACCAGCCGCCAAAUCAGUUCCUCUUAUCUCACAGGGAUCUAUGCUAACGGAUGAUCUUGAUUAUAACGACGAAAAUGACGUCGGUGUGAAACGACGGUUAGCUUUCCUGGACCUAAUGAUUGAAACUGCCAAACUUAACCAAGAUCUAACUGAUGAAGAGAUUAAGGAAGAAGUGGACACAAUCAUGUUCGAAGGUCACGAUACAACGGCGGCGGGAUCAAGCUUUGUUCUGUGUCUUCUUGGUAUUCAUCAGGAUAUUCAAAAUCGCGUCUACAAAGAACUUAAACAAAUAUUCGGUGAUUCCAACAGGAAAGCUACUUUCAAUGAUACACUUGAAAUGAAAUAUUUAGAACGAGUCAUAUUCGAAACGUUACGAAUGUACCCUCCGGUUCCGAUGAUUGCUCGAAAGCUUACACAGGAUGUUCGAAUGGCAUCACAAAAUUACGUGGUACCUGCUGGGACCACAGUUGUGAUUGGAACUUAUAAACUGCAUCGUCGUGAAGACAUUUACCCUAAUCCAGAGCUGUUCAAUCCAGAUAAUUUCCUGCCGGAACGUACACAGGAACGACACUAUUACAGCUAUAUACCGUUCAGUGCGGGUCCACGAAGCUGCGUCGGUAGGAAAUAUGCUAUGUUGAAGCUUAAGGUGCUCAUAUCGACGAUCUUGCGCAACUACCGCAUUGUAUCCAAUCUAAAAGAAACCGAUUUCAAACUACAAGCGGACAUUAUCCUGAAACGGACCGAUGGCUUCAGGAUUGAGCUGGAACCCAGACUGUAAAGUAUACCACAUCCUUCUAUGAGCCACAAGAUAAAAUGGUCAUCUUGUCGCGACAACCCGCACUGAUGGACUUUAAUUGAUGGUUGUAUCGCUUUAUGAUACUGUUAAUUGAAUUGUUCGGUUCCCGAAGGACCACUAUCGCAACUAGCACUCGCCUAUCCUUUCUCUUUUUUUGCGUCUAUUGCAUUUUGCUCUUGUCUUUCUACAGUCAUUUAUUUAUUCUCCAACGAAAGUUUUUUCUUCCCUACAUUGAAGCAUAGCUGGGAGAUAAUAAAACCUUCUCUCUGUAA